AUGUCGCCGUCUCUAUUCUCGGGGUUCACCAAGUCGCUGGCCAUGACGGCGCUCUCCGAGAUUGGGGACAGGACCUUCUGCGUUGCCGCGAUUCUGGCCAUGCGCCAUCCCCGGAGACAAGUCCUGGCAGGCUGCGUAGCCUCAUCAGUGGUGAUGACACUUAUAUCGUCUUCUUUGGGAUGGGUUGCACCUAAUCUGAUUUCACGUACAUGGAGUCACUGUGUUACAACUAUGCUGUUUUUUGUAUUCGGCGUUCUGUCGUUGAGAGAGAGUUACAAAGAAGACGGAGAUUCUGAUGAUGAAUUGGAGGAGGUGGAAGCAGAGCUGGAUGCUAACUCAAAGAACAACAAUGGUGAAUCUAACAAUAAAAUCAAGGAUGAUGAUGAUACCAAGAAACAUCAAAGGCCAUUUCUCAUGCGACUCUUUUCACCAGUUUUUAUACAGGCAUUUUCGAUUACAUUCUUUGGUGAGUGGGGUGACAUGAGCCAGAUUGCUACUAUUGGUUUGGCUGCUGAUGAAAACCCAUUAGGCGUUGUCCUUGGUGGAGUCGUAGCUCAAGCACUAUGUACAACUGCUGCUGUUCUUGGAGGAAAGAGUCUGGCCGCCAAGAUAUCUGAAAAGAUGGUUGGAUUGUUGAGUGCAGCGCUAUUUCUGGUGUUUGGUAUGAUGUCCCUGCUUUCAGGACCAGAAGGAGAGUUGUAA